CAGGAGCUGGAGUUGCAGGCGCAGCUGCACGGCCUCCCCCUGAGCCCCCCCCCGGCAGCGACGCUGCCAGACGCAGGGGGGUCCGAGGAGGAGACCCCCGGCGCCCCCCCCUUUCCCCCCUCAGCCCCGCAGUGCCUGCUGGACCUGGCACUGCCCCACGACCUGGGGCUGCCCUUGGGGCUGGGCGUGGGCGGUGGGGGGGGGCUGGAUGACCUCCUGAUGGAUGAGGGCGGGGGGCUCGAGGCCUUGGGCCCCCCCGGCACCCUCGUGGCCUCCCCCGGGCCGUCCUGCGCCUCCAGCCCCCGCAGCAGCCUCAGCAUGGAGGACGAGCCCUGAGCCCCCCCCCGCGGCCCCUCCCGGCCCAAUCUCCCCGUGGUGAUUUUGAGGCGUCUCGUUAAGAUGGAGCAGCUCCUUUAAGGGUGGAUGUCUCUUUGAUGUGGCAUCGCCGCUUUAAGGCCGUGGGCCCCACCCUCGUGGCCCCGCCUCUCUCCCUGGCUCCUCCCCUGGGGGCGGGCCCUCAGGCGCGAAGUCCCGCCCUCUCGUUCUCGCCCUGUCCCGCUUAAAGUGGCCGCUGCCCCUUUUUUUCUCAGUUUUUUUACGAAAAUCUUAAAAAAAAAAAAGCAGCGGAAAUAAACUUUUAUUAACGAAA